CUUGCAUUGAGUGGCGCACUUCCCUCCGGAUCUGGAUUCUGGACAGAGAAGGACCCCAGCUGGAAAAGGGAAAGGCGCACGUAUUUUCAACAAAACCAGGUGGAGCUGCGUACUGAGGAGCUUGGGCAGACAUCUGUUCAUGCUGUUUAUCCUGGAAGCGCCUGUUUCUGAACAGCCGUGGCUUCAAGGAGCCACAGACGAGACGGAUCUAGCAGAAAAAGGCACACCCUUGGCAGAUUACGCUUUAGACUGGCUUUCAAGGAGAAUGACGGGCAGAGCUCUCACUGAAACAUUGUCACAUCAAAGUGCACUUUAAGGAUUUGAUGGUGUCUCCAGUUCUGAACACAGGGGGCUGACAAAAAGAAGAGAGUUGGCCAAAGCUGCAUGAGCUCGCUACUAACACCCGCCGCACUGUUACAGCCCACCGUUUCUGCUCGUGCUAAGCUUCAUUUCUGAGGGGAGAGUAGAGGGACGCAUAUUGAAGUUGCACUGACAUCUACGUUGCUGCAUACAUUUGCAUGCACGCCCAAUGCCGUUCAUAUAGUUUAGCCCACAUUCAACCAAGGCUAUUCAACUGCUAACCAAAAGCAUGGCGAAGCAGUGGAGCGGCAACACUAACCACUUGAGAACCAACGGCUUCACCAGCGAAGCUCCAUAUGCAACUGAGAGCACUUACCCCGCCGCAGAGACGUCCCCGCAGACCGUUCUGAAGCCAAUGGCUGAGCGACAGCUCGCACCCUGGGAGAAGCACGACGUGCCAAAGCCGCGGGGAAAGGCGCCGUACUCGCCUGGACAAACUCCAAGGACACCAAGCAAGGCAAAGGCCCCGUUUGCAACUGCAGAGGAGGACCAAGAAGACUUGGAACAAGAAAAGACGCCACCCCGGCAAAUAAAGGCUCCAUGGGAUCGAGAUGAGACAGUCUUCCUAGGAAAGCUUGUGCUGGCCUUGCAACCAGAAAACGGCCUUUCAAAACAGCAAAACCUGCUGCUGGUUCUACUCGUUCUCAUGGUGUUGCUACGCUUCAUCGCCCUGAAGGAGUUUCACACGAAGGGAUCGGCUGAUAACCAGGCUCGGCGGGCCACGAAAGUUGGGGUCGUCGUUGGCCCCAUAUGCUGUGGAGUGAUCUGGGCUGAGGCCCUCUGUUCUGCUGAGAAGCUUCCUUCCAACUGGACGAGUCUCGGCCCUCUCAUCGUGCCCCGGCUCACUGGACCCUUUUCGCAUAGUAGGAAGUACUGCAUAGAUACUGGUCGCAUUUCGAGUGUACCAUUCCUAGGCACAUUUGGGGAGGGGCUCCCCCAGUCAUUUCGUCAAGGCCUGGCCGAAGUGGAUCUUACGAACGGGACAUGA